GUUUUGUAAAGCAUCCCUCCGCAUCUUUUACGCAAGCGCAGUCUUCUUUCUUGCUGCUCUUUGCAUCUCUUCAUCUUCAUGUCCGAUACAUCUCCAAUUUCAUCCUAGAUUAAGUGUGAAAAUUGUAAAAUUUAUCAUAUUGGUGGUUGAAUAAACAAUUAAUCAUGGAUCCGGAGGCCUUUUUAGAAAUAGCUAAUCAAGUAUCGAAACUUAAUAUGUUUCCUUAUUUUGAAGCUGCCCACUGUUUGAUAACGUGUAUGUAUGUAAAAGAAGAUCUAUCUUCAGGAGCACAUCUUUUCUCUCGUAAACAUCCGUUAGCGUGUUGGGUUUCUUGUAUGCUUUCCAUAUUUGGAGGUUAUAUUUUAGCUAGUUUUCUCUUAGGUGAACCAAUUCUUGCAUGCUUAAAAAACUCCAAUUCCCUUCUACUUGCCACUGGAUCAUGGUACAUCAUAUUCUACACUCCGUUCGAUUUUGGGUACAAAGUUUUUAAGUUUUUGCCUGUGAAAAUAAUAUUAGCUGUGAUGAAAGAAAUAAUUCGGUGUAAAAAGGUUCAUGAUGGUGUUGUUCAUGCAGCAAAGAUUUAUCCUAAUGGCUACCUAAUCAUGAUUAUAAUUGGUACCAUCAAAGGUAAUGGCUCUGCUUUUUUGAAAAUUAUCGAACGACUUCUCAGGGGUGUCUGGACUCCAUCAGCUGUGGAACUUAUGCAGUUAAGCUUUCCCACCAAAGCCUGUAUUGCUGCUUCUAUAAUUUUUGUUCUGGACAAAAAGACUGACAUCAUAUCUGCUCCCCACGCUCUGGUCUACUUUGGCCUUGUUAUAUUCUUUGCCUACUUCAAGCUGUCGUCUAUGCUGCUGGGGAUCCACGAUCCUUUUGUACCAUUUGAGAAUCUCUUUUGUGCUUUGUUUCUGGGAGGCAUCUGGGACACACUUGCACGAUUGCUCACUCCUGCCACCAAGGGAGAUCAGACAUCUGUAAAGCCAGAACCAGCUAAGACAGAAUCUGCCAAAAAGAAAGAAUAGCAUCCAUGUCAAAGAGGCAUUUUGAAACAUUUCUUGACAUGGCUCUUCAAGUUAACUCAUUUUCUUAAUCGCGAAACCUUUCGUGGUUUCCCUUUGUUUGACAAACAGUUUAAAAUGCUGGCAAGAAACAAACAGGAUGAACUCUUUAAAUCUCAAAUGAUUUUUGUAGCUUCAUAGACGUCCAAUGAAAUGUAAAUUGGUGAUAACCAUAUAUUUUACUCUAACUUAUGGAUUUUUACAAUCUGCUCAUUUUUAAUGUUGUGCGUUUAAUACUUAUAUUUAUUUUUAGCCAGUUAUAAUGUUUUAUAAAUUUAUAGAACUUUUCUUUAGCCUGGACAACAUAGGAAUCUAGUCAUGUGAAAUUUGUAUAAUUUUAUAUUAAUACAAUUACUACUAAAUAAUUUGUCUCAAAAUAAUGGAAAAGUCCUCAAAGUUGUUGAUCAAUUAAAAUUUUUUUUAUACAGUCAAUUCUUUAGGCUAUAAAAAUUUGUGUGUUUCCUUUUGGUUUCAGAGAUAUAAAUUAUAGAAAAUUUAGGAAUGAAGUGUUGUAAAGAGUUCUAAUUUAGAAAAUAAAUUAUUAACUUAAGUAUUAUCUCUUAGUUUUAACCUUUUGAAAUGCACUUGUAAAAUAUCUGAUUAAUGUUACAACAACUUGUUACAUUUCAGAAAAAAUUGAAACUUUUGGUUGUGUUCAAAGUAAAAAAUGUUACAUAUAAAAGUUAUAAUUUUGAACUUAAUAGUUGCUGCAAAAUGCAAAAUAAAUUGCAUAUGAAUUUUUACAUAUAAAUAUGUCUGUAAAAAAAUAGUCUGAUUAACGAGUAGCAGUUGUAAAACUUUUUUCUCAAUUCCAUUAACCAUAAAAAAAAAAUGCAUAUAAAAAUAUUAUUUGAGUAUUAUUUAUUUUUAUUCAAUGUAAAAUCAUUUCGAAGUACUUAUAAAUCAGUAUGAUAAGUUUAUAUAUAUAUAUAUAUAAAGAAUAUCUAUCUAUAUAUAUAUGAAGAUAUAUAUAUAUCAACUUAUUACUGAAUUUUUUGUUUUGCAUUGCAUUGCAUAUCAUUUUGGAUUGUUUGAUCGUGCAUUUUAAUUGAAAAAUUUUACAUUUAUUUGUAAAAAGUUUAAAAUUUUUUGAUGAAG